AUGUCACGGCAAGCUAGUCACCAAGCCAGCCAUAUCCCGUUGCCAUGCAACAACAGCUGGACGCUCAACCCAUGCUUUCGCCCGAAACCAACAGCUGGGUGGCAACCCUUCCCUCCAGCCGCAGUACACGGGGGAGAGCUGCAAGAGCCUGGGGCGGACGAACAACUGCCAGCGCCCAACCUGUGCCAAGCCACCAAGUCAAGCGCUCCCUUCCCCCUGCCCGCUACCAACAUCUGGGUGGCCAACCCAUCCCGCCAGCCACAGUACAUGGGGGACAGCUGCAAUAGCGUGAUCCUGUUUCACACUCCUGUUUCCCUUGGCUCCCCACACCACCAGCUGGGUGGCCAACCCAUCCCGCCAGCACAGUACACGGGGGCCCAGUACACGGGGAAGAGCUGCAAGAGCCUGAGUCGGUCGUUCAACUGCCAGCGCAACGGGCGCACCAACAUGCUGUACCUGCAGUACGAGUGGCGCAGCCCCGGCUGCCGCAUUGAGAGGUUCGAUGCUUCUGCUUUCCUGGAGCGCAUGCGCAACAAGGUGUUUCUGGUCGUCGGGGAUUCCGUCUCCAUGAACUUCAUCUCGGCCCUUCAGUGCCUCAUCGAGACUGCCACUCCCACCAAGGUGUUCCAGCACUUGUCUAGCCCCCGUUGCCCCGACACCCUCACCCAUUGCCCUCCCAACCCCCAUUGCCCCGAUACCCUCACCCAUUGCCCUUCCAACCCCCGUUGCCCCGAUACCCUCACCCCUUGCCCUCCCAAUUCAAUGAUACCUUCCCUUCCUCAACACCCCUCUUCCUUCCGCCUGCUUGCCCUCCCAACCCCCGGUGACAGAGCAGGGACGGCCCGCUGUUCCCAGGAGGGCCACGCACGCACGCUGUGGUUGCACCGCACUUCAAUGCCACCUUCCUCCGCCACGCCUCCUCCUUCCUCGUCCGAUCCAUUCCCAGUGUAA